AUGGUUCGUGCAAUUAGCUCGUCGGGGCCUGUUUGGCCCAGGACUGCGGUAUCCCGAACGUUGAGGCUACACUCGUCGAGACAUGCAGUUCUUUAUACAACUACACGCGCACCAGUUUCCGGUCAGGCUGUAAGUUUCUCCGUGGCAGGGUCUGCUGGAAUUGCUGAUGGCGAUCAUGUGGUAAAUGUUGUCGAUGCCACGCCUAUUUUCUCGAGCGAGCUAGACGGAACUGGCGAAGAGAUCACUUCUCCUUCCUUUGCAGGUUCUUUGCGUAGCUUGGCGGAGCCAGCCGAAGAGGACGAUCCUGUCUCUAAUAGGUCAAGCAUCAACAACAUAUUUGGUUCUGGCAAACAACGGAAGAGAACGGAAGUCAGUCACUUGCGUGAUGAGGACGAUGCGAGUGAGAAGAACAGUUUGCUUCUAGAUUAUGUUGAGGUACAACAGAUGCAAGAGCGCCAGCGGCGCACUGAGCCGAGGAAACAAGGUCGCAUGAUCAGUUCCGCACACAGCGAGUCCGCAGAGAUGCUAUUGCGGGGGAUCGCUUCGACGGCCAAAGCGGUGCGCUUGUCUCCGAGUACUGCCUCUUCGAGAGCCUGGCGCGACAGUGUCCGUAACCUGUUGCGCGACAGGCCAGGUCUUAUUGGAAGCUUUCAGGCAGCGGAAACCGUCCCUGCACUUGAAGCAUGUGCUCGAGUCGCGAUGCAUGCAAAUAGAAGCAGUUUUUCUAUAAUGUCGAGUAGUGAAAAAGAUCGAAGCUUGGUAGAUGACGACUCUGGCCAGAUGCUAUCGAAGAGACUUGUUGCUGAACGUGUCCCGGCGAUAUGUGGUCAAUGCUCCACGCGGCAGCUUGCGUUGCUUGUGCAUGCGAUAGCGGCUCUUCAUCGAUGCGGAUGUCUUUCUUCAAAAGAAAAUGAUAGACAAGAAAGUCUGGGCCAUUCGAGCGGACCAAACGAGACAGAACAAAGUUACUCUGUUUAUUCAAGAAAAGUCGAUCUUGGCAUGUUGUUUCGUGACCGCUUGGCACCUGUAAUCGCUUCACGCGCACUGCACAAAUGGAGCGGACGAGACGUGGCGCUUGUCUCGAAGUCCUAUGCGAGUCUGGGCAUUUCCAGUCCGACCAUUUUUUCAGAGUUUCUGCAACUCUUUGUGUGUGGUGGCAACCGUGUUCCACGACAACAGGUGCGAAGCAAAUGCAGCGUUGCACCGAACGACAACAGCACAUGUGCAGAAGUGUCAAGUUCUUCAUCAUCCUCAAAUAUCCGCAACGAUGUCGAGCUUCAUCGUGACACGACAUCCACGCUGGAUGAGAUCACUGCAGAGAAACUCCUGCAGGAUGCCCCUGCAGCGAGGCUAAAGUGGAUAGACGAGUCGCCAGUGUUGAGUGCUGUUAGGGUCGUAGAUGCGAGGAACUCAGAAGGUGCGAGUCAACAAGAACAGCACUUGAAACGUAGGGUUCGUGCAUGUGCUAGAUUGCGGCGCAAGCUCAGAAGUAGUAGCGGAGAACGACGAGAACCUUCCAAGGUCAAUAAAGGUGAGACUCAGGAGGAUGAAAUUCCUAAAUUACCACCUGGUUUUGUUUCUAGCGCACCUAGCGAUGAAGAGGCGCAGAUUAGUAGGUUGCGGGCGAGAGACAUUGUCCAAAUUGCAGAGGCGCUGACGUCGGUUAGCGCUUCUGUUCUACCACAUGCAGCGAAGCUAAAGAUUUUGAAUGCGUUGUCGGACCGCCUGUUGGAGAACGACGGCUUUCAGUUACGACGCAUCGGGUCCCUAGACGACGUCGCCCGCCUACUACAGGCUACUGUGGACAGGGCAGGAACAUUUGCGCGUCUGCAUGAGCACUUACUUGUGCAUGCGCACGGGCUGUUGCGCAUAUUGAGAAAACACUCGCGAAACAACGCACAUGUUGAAGACUCAGGGAGAAUCUGUUCAGUAGGGUUUUUGAUUAGCAUCCGAAAUUUGCUUGCCGCAAUAGUGCGUAGUGAGGCCUUAGACAGUCCGGUAGAUGGCUUGUGCUCGAGUUCUAGCGAAAUGUAUAUUACCGGAUUGCAAGACUUUCGACGUGAGGUUCAACGCACAGUGAGAGAUCAAGAUCAACUACAAGAACAGGAGAAGCACGCUGCACUGUUCCUGGACCCGGCCGCCAAGCUUAGCGCCAUGAACGUGCUCCGAAGUAUAUUGUUUCGCCGGCGACCGAGCGCGAACGGCUUCGCGACGAAGACUGUAGGCGGUCAUGAAAUGCGAGAUGAAAUGGAACAGCAUGUAGCAGGUGGAAACCCAACACAACAAAGCCCGAUGAACAUAGUUGAUAAGGCAUCAGAUAAUUUUGUGGAUGAGCGGCGAAUGUGGGAAGUUGAACGGGCGUUGAUUGAUUGCGUUGUCGGAGACGUUCUCCUUCCCGCUUUGCAUCAGGAGGAAAAGGGGGAAAGAACGGGGAGGGGACAGAGUUCUACUCUUGAUCGCAGAGACGUGGAAGAUAACGGUGUGUUGACGUGUUUGGCGCUAGCACGCUAUGAACCCAGCAGGGAGCGAGAUGGUCGCGGGUCUCCUUCGUCGGAGCCAGAAAGUGAAGUUUUGGGGCAGAUGAUGGAACCAGCAUACGCAGAGGGCUGCUCUUUUGAGACCGCAUGCCCUUCAGAGGAAGAAUAUUAUGUUGAUACCGAAGAAGACGAGGAUGAGGCAGACCCGCUGCUCACGACGGAGUUGCUUCGGUCUCGAGGAUUGCUGUCCCACGAUCUCUUUGCCACUGGCAACAGCGCACCCAAAGCAAAGUCUGUCCUGGGUGACAUCGAGACUCUUUCUCGUUUGUGUCGGCUUUACGCUGCGAGAAGAACGAAUGUGCUGACGCCUGUAGUCUUUCCUGGAGUCUACAAUGGUGACCCUUCCGGAAGAGCUUCCAUAUUAAGUUCAAAUUUGAAAAGUCUCGCGCAAGCUCUGGAAAUGGUUCUGGCCUUUCCGUCAACGAAUUUUUUUGUGCAACCGGUGCUAGAACUUCUACGUGCGAGUGAAAAACUCAUGGAUCAUGCAGCCGCAAUGAAUGGAGAAUUUCUAUUUCACGAGAGAGGAUUGCCUACCGGCGAAUUAACAAAGACGAGUUACAGCGGUGACCAAGAUCCGAAUGUUGACAAAAGUCACCGUAAGAUGAACACGAGACGUGCGAGAAAAGGUGAAAUUGUCGACUUAUUUGACAGCUUGCCUGAGCAGAAGGAGGUAUCGAAAACCAAAUCCACUCUCACGUCCUCAUUUUCCUCGUCGGAGUGUCUCGUAGAUGCACGGAGUUUGAUUACGUUGCUGCGCAGUUUACGUGCUAUCGUGGACAGGAGAACGGGUAGCGAAUUUGGUGCGCUCGACAAGUGCCUAAAUCGGCAAACGGUUUUAUUGUGGGAUCGUCUGGACGGCAGAAAUCGCCACACUGUUGUGAAUCUGUAUAUGGACCACGGAAGUAAAACCUCCGAAGAAUGUCCAGCUUCUGAAGUUCUUGCUGAGGCAAAUGUAAAUGCGUCUACUUCUCGUACCAACGCUGGCAUAAUGAAGGCUCCGAGAAUCGUGCGUGAGUGGGUUGAGUAUCAGAAAUCGCUCAAAAUACAAGGAAAGAAGACGCCUGGAAGCAGUGCUUGGCAAGAAAAACGUACAGGAUCGUGAAGGCGAUAUCGAUAUUGUUUCUUUCGCCAUCCGCAAUGUCAACACUGUGAUCGGGCUUCCAUUCCACUUCGAAGGAACCGAGGAGCUGCCGCGCCAAGCAGAUGAUUACAACCGAGCAAAACCGCGCAAUAUACGUCGUCAGAAUCGUGGGCACAGAACCGCGCACAAGGGACUGACCGGAAAGAGGCGACUCUGGAGAAGAAGUACACUUCGAAGAUUAGGCUAGUAAAAUCUGCUGGUUUCAGUAUGCGGUGGCGCAUGCUGAUCGUUUUCCAAGACCAACUUGUAAGUCGUGGAAUAUUACGAAGACUAAGAGUUCUAGAAUCAAACCUCUCGUUGGAACCUUGACAAUUCAAGUCCCGACUUGAUACAAGAAACAAAUGGAAAAUGAUCGCUGUCCUGUGUAUUACUCGGAAUCCCCAAGCACAGCAUGGUCUAAGUUACUUUAUGAUCAUGGAAGGAAAUCAAUCUUAACGGAUCAAAUGGGUGCUUUAUGCUUGAGUGCUUGAGCAGGAUAGUAGAAAUGUGGACCACGAUCCCAUCUGUAAUCUACUUAAUUUGCUCCGAGUAUGUGGCGUCUGUCCACUCUUGUAUGCUAGCAUCUCACGCUCAACUUGAACUUCAUGUAACUCCUAUGUUACGGGAAAUGUCCAGUCAUAUGUGUGAAAGAACAGACUGAUGGCAGGACGCGCUUGGUAGAGCACCAAGACAUCAUUUUAUUACACUUGAAGAAACUGAGGAGCAUCCAAUGUUGUGACUGAUGCAGAUAGAUUGAACCGCAUCCGCCUAAC